UUCAUUUUAUAAACACGUUCCUACUCAAUUACAAUUCAAAAUAUAAUUAAUAUAAUGUUCAUAGUGAAGUAAAGUGUAUUUUAUACUUGUGGGAGUGAAAAGAACAGUGGAUCAAAGUGAAUGCAAGGAACACAAUGCUAUUUCUUAUCCGCCAAGUGUCAAGUUUCGAAACAAUAACCUGCGUUGUGUAGAUACUAUAGAAUACUAUUUUAUAGAUAUUUAGAAGAUUCUAUUAAUAAAUUUGAGUAUCGUUUCUAUUCAGUGAAAAAUAUUUCAAAAUGAGUUUCUCAUCAUUCAAACGUACAAUUGAAGAAGGCGACCAAGUAAUUCUCUACCUCACUCCUUCCAGUAUGCACGCAAUCGAGGUCUCGCCGACACUUAUAAACAAAAACGGACAAACAGUUGACAACGUAUUUCAAACAACUUUUGGCGCAUUGAAAGUAAAAGACUUGAUCGGUAAAGACUUUGGUACGAAAGUUAGUUUGACUCGUGGUUGGGCGUACGUUCUUUACCCAACUCCCGAACUGUGGACACUAACCUUACCUCACCGCACUCAGAUAAUCUACACUCCUGACAUCAGUAUGAUCAUCAUGCAGCUAGAAAUCAAACCGGGUAGUGUUGUGAUUGAGUCUGGAACUGGUAGUGGGUCUUUAUCACAUGCAUUAGCAAGAUGUGUGCGCCCAAAUGGUUCAGUUUUCAGCUAUGAUUUUCACGAACAACGUGUACAGAUAGCACAGAACGAAUUUGUACGACAUGGUCUAUCUGAUGUUGUUACAGUGGAACAACGAGACGUUUGUCAGUUGGGAUUCAGUCCGAAAAUUGACGGAACCGCCGAUGCAGUUUUUCUAGACCUUCCUCAUCCCUGGCUUGCCGUGCCGUUAUCGGUGAAAUCUUUCAAGCAAUCCGGCGGACGUAUCUGCUCGUUCUCGCCUUGCAUGGAACAAGUGCAACGGACUUGUGAAACUUUGACGAAAAACGGGUUCACCGAAAUUGUAACCCUGGAAUGUAUGCAACGUGAGUUCGCCGUUAAAAACCAGGGCUUUCCGGUUUACAACUUGGAUGAAAUCAACGAGGCUGAAGAUGGAUCUCAAAAUCAUAUUCCCGCCGAAACAAAAAUGAUAACCACCUGUAGAGCUAACUUCAAUACACCGGGGCAUACAGGGUAUUUGACAUUUGCUUCCUUACCUCCGGUGUGGGCUCGAUAAAUGCAGAUAGACUUUUUAAUGUUUUCUAUUGACAUUUUUCUAAUGUGCAAGUCUAACAGGAAAUAUGUUUAUUUAUUUUUAUGAGAAGAAGUACCUAACUUACUGUACUUGGCAAAUUGAAGGACUGUCUAAAUUCUAUUGAAUUUUUAAAAUUUCAACAGUAUGUGAAGGAUAUCAAUAUAUUUCUAUGGAUCAAA